CCAGCAGCUGUCACGUUGCAGAGUGGAGCUAUCUCUGUAGCUGGUGUGUGCUGUCGUUGUUCAUUGAAUGUGCACAGCCAUGUCCAGGAUAUUAAUUGUUGGUGCUGGGCUAACAGGAAGCCUGUGUGCUUACCUUUUAAGGAAGGAACUGGCCUCCAAACUGCAGCUUGUGAUAUGGGAUAAAGCCAGGGGAGCAGGAGGACGGAUGUCCACCAGCCGAUCUCCAUCUGAUCCAAGCUGUACUGCUGAUUUGGGAGCUCAGUACAUCACAGUCACGCCAGAUUAUGCCCAGAAACACAAAAUAUUUCACGAUGAUCUAUUGGCUCAUGGCAUUCUAAAGCCGUUACAUGCUGUGGUAGAAGGAAUGGUGAUGAAAGAUGGCUCUUAUAAUUUGGUUACACCUCACGGAGUCUCUUCCAUAGUCAAACAUUACCUCAAAGAAUCAGCAGGUGCUGAUAUCUACUUUGAACGCCAUGUUACGCACAUAAAUCUUCAGGGUGACAAAUGGGAGGUGUAUAGAAAAUGUGGUUCUUCUGAAGCUUUCGAUGCAGUGGUUCUCACCAUGCCUGUUCCACAGAUAUUGCAGAUACAGGGAGACAUUGCAAAAUUAAUUAAGGAAAAGCAAAGGCAGCAACUGGAAACUGUAAUCUACUCCUCUCGCUAUGCCCUUGGUCUGUUUUACGAAGCUGGCACCCAGAUUGAUGUCCCAUGGGCAGCAAAGUACAUCACCGAUAAUCCCUGCAUACGCUUCAUCUCCAUUGAUAAUAAGAAGCGCAAUGUAGAGUCCUCAGACGUUGGACCUUCACUUGUUGUCCACACCAGUGUUCCAUUUGGAAUUAACCAUCUAGAAGAAGAAAAGGAAACUGUUCAGCCACUCAUAUUGAAGGAACUUUAUACCAUAUUACCCAAUCUUCCAAAACCCAUAGACAUCAAGUGUCAGAAAUGGAGAUACUCUCAGGUUACUGAAUCCUUCCCGGAGUGUCCUGGACGGAUAACUCUACACAGCAAGCCUUUGCUCCUGUGUGGAGGAGACGGAUUUACACAUUCUAACUUUGACGGAUGUACAGAGUCAGCUCUACGGAUUGCAGAAAUGUUAUCAUCUCAAUUAUGAUAUUGGCACAAGAGUUUUUUUUUUAUGUACACUCUAGUUAUGUAAUACUAUAAAUCUUUGCUGGUGGACAAUA